CGCCGGGCCCAAGGGAGACAACAUAUAUGAGUGGCGCUCCACCAUCCUGGGCCCCCCCGGCUCAGUGUACGAGGGAGGGGUCUUCUUCUUGGACAUCGCCUUCACGCCAGACUACCCCUUCAAGCCGCCCAAGGUCCUUGUUGUGCAGGUGACGUUUCGCACGAGGAUCUACCACUGCAACAUCAACAGCCAGGGGGUGAUCUGUCUGGACAUCCUGAAGGACAACUGGAGCCCCGCCCUCACCAUCUCAAAGGUCCUGCUGUCCAUCUGCUCCCUGCUCACAGACUGUAACCCAGCGGACCCUUUGGUGGGGAGCAUCGCCACACAGUACCUGACCAACAGAACGGAACAUGACAGAAUAGCCAAGCAGUGGACCAAGAGAUACGCUACAUAGGCUGCUACACGCUAGCCACUCGCUCCCUCAAACACCCUUGCCCUCUCUCACUGUACCUCUCUCUACCUCUCUCACUCUCUUCUCUCUCUUCUCUCACUCUCUCUUCCCCGGUCUGUCAAAGCACACCCACUAAGUGCAACGAUAUACCUUGCCCUGCCCCUCCUCCCUCCCAAACCUUUUAUCUACCUUUUUUCUGUGUAAAGAACUGUCUUUUGUUCCUUGUUGACUUGAAAGCUUCUUUUUUAUACAAAGAGUAGAUUGGCAUUUUUAUUUUUCAACAUCAGAAUGUUGGAAGUAUUGUAUUAAGAAACAAAAAAAAUAUACCUAUCAUUACACGUCGUCCUUCAGCUAUACAUAUGUAUCUGUUUUCUUAGUGGCACCUGGAACAAAACAUACAGAUUAUAUGCUUUUACUACUUUCGUUUUAGUUUUUUCCUGGCGCAUUUAAAGUUUUCAUUUUGUAUUUCUGUCAACAGUAUGUUACCUGCAUGAAUCAGGAGGAAUUGCAUCAAUGGAAGAAAAAAAAAAGUCAAAGCUUUUUCGACUCCCCACUGAUUUUGUUUGUACUGUAUGUAUUUUUUCAAAGGCUUUGGAGGCAGACCACAAAUGUAUAGGUCUGCCCGUGAAAGAGGCAGGACUUGUAUAUUUACUGGCUACCCGCCACCUCUGCAAUUACAGAGUGGUUUGUUGUGCACUUGUAUUACUGAAGCACCCAAUAAAACACAAUGUGGUUGGCUUGUGACAACGCUC